AUGGCAAACCUGCUUGACAAAGACACGUUUUCCAAAUCAGAUCCAAUCUGUGUCCUGUAUACCCAAGGCAUUGGCAACAAAGAGUGGCGAGAGUUUGGGCGGACAGAAGUUAUUGAUAACACUUUGAACCCAGAUUUUGUCCGAAAAUUCAUAUUGGACUACUACUUUGAAGAAAGACAGAACUUAAAGUUUGAACUGUAUGAUGUCGACUCCAAGAGCACAAACCUUUCAAAACAUAAAGAUUUCCUUGGCCAGGUCUUUUGUACAUUGGGAGAGGUGGUGGGUUCGACAGGUAGUCAUAUGGAGAAACCUAUUGGGGGGAUUCCAGGGAAGAAAUGUGGGACAAUUAUUGUGAAGGCAGAGGAACUUAGUAACAGCAAGGAGUCUGCGACGAUGCAAUUUUGUGGCAACAAACUGGACAAAAAGGACUUCUUUGGCAAAUCUGACCCCUUUUUAGUGUUUAAUCGCAGCAACGAGGAUGGAACAUUUACCAUUUGCCAUAAAACAGAGGUGGUGAAGUGCAAUCUGAACCCUGUGUGGCAAGCCUUUACAAUCCCAGUCAGAGCCCUGUGCAAUGGCGAUUAUGACAGAACGAUCAAGGUUGAAGUUUAUGACUGGAACCAGGAUGGCAGUCAUGACUUCAUUGGAGAAUUCAGCACAAGCUACAGAGAACUGAAAAGAGGCCAGUCAGAAUUUAACGUGUAUGAGGUCAUAAACCCCAAGAAGAAAGCCAAGAAGAAAAAUUAUCACAACUCUGGAACUGUGACACUGCUGUCGUUUUUCAGUGAAAUUGAAAUUUCCUUCCUGGAUUACAUGAAAGGCGGAACUCAGAUUAAUUUCACAGUGGCGAUUGAUUUCACAGCUUCUAAUGGCAACCCAGCCCAGCCCAAUUCCCUCCAUAACAAUAAUCCCAAUCAGACCAACGUCUACGACAUGGCACUCAGAGCUGUGGGGGAGAUCAUACAGGACUAUGGCAGUGACAAGAUGUUCUCCGCACUGGGAUUUGGAGCCAAACUGCCUCCUCAUGGAAGAAUAUCCCAUGAUUUUCCCCUGAAUGGAAACCUUCAGAAUCCAUAUUGCAAUGGCAUUGAUGGAAUCAUGGAAGCUUAUUACCAGACUCUAGAGUCCAUCGAGCUCUGCGGACCUACCAACUUCUCGCCUGUCAUUAACCAUGUAGCAAGACACGCUGCCUCAGUAAAGGACGGAUCACAGUACUUCAUCCUCCUCAUCAUCACAGAUGGAGUGAUAUCAGAUAUGGCUCAGACAAAGGAGUCUAUUGUUAACGCUGCAUGUCUUCCCAUGUCAAUUAUUAUUGUUGGAGUUGGACCAGCCGAGUUUGAUGCCAUGAUCGAGCUGGAUGGUGAUGAAGUCAGAAUCUCAUCGAGAGGCAGAAAUGCUGAGAGAGAUAUCGUACAGUUUGUUCCAUUCAGAGAUUACAUUGAUCGCACUGGGAAUCACAUCCUUAGCAUGGAACGCCUAGCCAAAGAUGUUCUUGCUGAAAUCCCAGACCAGUUCAUAUCCUAUAUGAAGACCAGAGGAAUCAAGCCGUCUCCCACUCCCCCUCCGUACACAUACCCAGGACUUCCAAUGCAAACUCAGAUCUAAAAUGGCCCAGGAGUAAGCCUUGCAGUAUCUCAGUAUUGCUCUCUCAAUCACUCAGUGAGAUUAAAUUAUCCUCAGCCUUUCUGUCCCUUUCUUUUUGCACUAUGGGGCUGUAGAUGGACAACAUGGUUAGACAGGGUUCUGAAAACAGGUUUACUUCCGUCAUGUCUCUCAGUUUCUCUCUCUGUCUCAAUGCCUGGCUAGCUUUUUUUUCUGAGGGCCUUAUUAUAGAAUUAACUUUGUAUUUCUGGCUUACUGUGAAAAGAAGGAUGAAGUUGUAUGAGGGUAAAGAAAGACAAAAAAUUGAGCUGAUGAUGUUGCACCCUGUCUCAGAACAGCAGAGCAGCUUCCUCUUCCUCAGACCAGGAAAAUUCUAACAAAUCACUAGUCGCAAAUAGACUGUUAUAUAUAACUUCAAAAGUAGACUUCUUCCAUCGUUUUUUGUCUUGUUAUCUCUUUUUUUUUCUGAGCUCUCACUCAAUGUUUACAUGUUAAUAAUUUUCUUACUGUUGGAUCUAACUUUUAU